UGUAAGUCGUUAUUUUUACUACAGUUGAAGAAGCAGAAACAUGUUGUUGAAGUUUGCAAGUGUAUUGUUGAUCGUUUUAGUGUUCAUCAACAUGAGUCAGAGCAAAUCUUUGGAUGACGUUUGCUCGCUUCCUAAUGAUAUGGGUCCUUGCAGAGCAAGAUUUGUUCGUUGGUAUUACGAUAGAAAGACAAAAUCAUGCGAGGAGUUCUAUUACGGUGGAUGUCACGGAAAUGAUAAUAAUUUCAAGACUCUGCGUGAUUGCAAAAAGACAUGUGGUUGAAUCGAUAAGUUCUUGAAUGGAAAAUACAAUACAUAAAUAAUGUUUUGAAACUUAUAAUAA